UAUGUUUUUUCAGAAACAAACGACUAAAACAAGGAAAAUUGUGCCUGAGUUAUGAUUAAUUGCAUUGUAUCUGCUCCAGGAAAAGUGAUUCUGCAUGGAGAACAUGCAGUCGUGUAUGGAAAGACUGCUUUGGCAGCAAGCCUUGACCUUCGAACUUACCUUACUCUAAAUAAUGUGGAGUCUGAUGAUAUCAUCAUUCAUCUGCCAGAUGUCGAUGUUGAAAGAAUUUGGAAAAUCAAAGAUAUCACUGAAGCAUUUGGUGAGAUGACUGAAGAUAUUGAUCCACUGAAACCAGAAGCCCCUUCUGAUGUCUGGAUGGAACGAAUUAAAGCAUUUGCUGAGAUAGACAGUGAUACCGCAGACACUAAAUCACUAGCCAUUGUAUCACUCCUGUACCUUUACUUGAAAAUCACCAAAAGAAAAAGUCAGUUCUUCCCUGUGGAGAUCUCUGUUUUGUCUCAACUCCCAGCCGGUGCGGGCCUUGGUUCAUCAGCAUCCUACUCCGUCUGUCUCUCAGCUAGCCUUCUAAUAGCUUCUGGUGCUAUUUCUCCUGGUGCUGAUUUACAGUGGUCCGAGUCAGAGCUGGAUCUUAUCAACAAAUGGGCAUUUAUAGGUGAAACUGUUAUCCAUGGUCGACCAUCUGGCAUUGAUAAUUCUACAAGUACUUAUGGUGGUGCUCUUACAUUCACAGGUGGCAACAUUUCAAGAUUGGAAAGAAUGGCCAAGAUUGAGAUUCUUCUGACAAAUACCAAAGUUCCAAGGAGUACUAAAGUUCUGGUUGCCGGAGUGAGAAAGAGAUUCAAUGAGUAUCCAGAUGUUAUCAAACCGGUUAUAGAAUCUAUCGAAGCCUUGGUCAACAAAUGUGUACCAAUACUCGAGGAAAUGAACAAGCCUGAUUUAGACAAAUGUUAUGCUCAACUGGAGGAACUUGUUGAAAUGAACCACAACCUAUUAUGUGUGUUAGGAGUUAGUCAUCCCAGUCUGGAGAAUGUGCGAAGAAUAACGAGUCAUCAUGGCUUUCAUUCCAAGCUUACUGGUGCUGGGGGAGGUGGAUGUGCUGUAACAUUGAAUAGGCCAGAUCAAGAUGGUGAGAAGUUGCAAGCUGUAAUCAAAGCUUUAGAAGACGAGGGAUACAAGUGUUGGACGACGUCGGUUGGUGGACCCGGCAUACAACAACAUUCCAUAGAUGACAGAAAGAUUGUGAUACGGACUACUUGUUAAUAGUAUCAUUCUUUUGACUGUGACAAUGAUGGCAGUGUGUAAAACCACUUUCAACAUUCAAGCCACAUUCCACAUGAGGACAUCAAGGUUUUGUUUCAGAUGCAAUUCUUUGUUUCACCCCGUUCACAAGCGGGUCUACGUAUUGAUUGACCGGGAUCAAAGGACUCCCACCUAUUCAUGAGUUUAAUUAACACCAUGUGAUACGAAUUUCACAUAUUCCUCAAGAGAUGUCAUUCCAUGAAAAUUAAAGGACAGCAACCAGAGAUUGCAUGUCUUGAUUUUUUGUGUCUGUUAGUUUCUUACAAUAGAAAACAUAGUAAUUUAGUAAUUUGUACUUGUUAACAUGGUUUGAUAUCAAUUAUCAGGCACAUUGUACAUGAACUGGUGCUAGCAAC